CACCCUCCAUGCCGUGGCCGGGCCCUUCUCCGUCCUACUACUCUGCUUGGAGAGACCCAGGGUGAUGAUAUGAGGCAGGCGGCGGGCGACGAUGACCAAGGCCUCGCGCGGAGAGUCGUCGCGGCCGGCCACGAAAGCGACGGCGUCAGGGCCGCGCGGCGUCGGCGCCGCCUAGAGCACCGGCGCCACGGCCGCAAAACACCGCGGGAGGUGGACGACCUGGCGGCGAGUAAGGUCCGGCCCGGAACGGGUGACGACGGGGCGUCCUCCGAUACGUCGUCGGCGGAAGCGGGCCGCGGGAUCCUCCUCCCGCCCUGCCUGUCGCACGGCGCCGUGUCGGUCAUCGGCCGCCGCCGCGAGAUGGAGGACGCCGUCGCCGUCAAGCGGACCUUCCUGUCCUCUCCGCCGACUGCGGAAGCCGUGGACGGGUGCGGCGGUGACGAGGACUUCUUCGCGGUGUACGACGGCCACGGCGGCGCGCGGGUGGCGGAGGCGUGCAGGGACCGGAUGCACGUCGUGCUCGCCGAGGAGCUUCUGCGCCUGCGUCUCGCUGGCACCGCGGCUCCGUCAGCCGGGGACGCUCUUGGCAUGAAGGAGGCCCUGGCGGCCAGCUUCGCGAGGGUGGACGGCGAGGUGGUCGGGGGCGCGGCCGCCGGCGCGGACGCCGACGUCGACGAGGCGCGCUCGCGGACCGUGGGCUCCACCGCCGUGGUCGCCGUCGUGGGCCGCCGCCGCAUCGUCGUCGCCAACUGCGGCGACUCGCGCGCCGUGCUCUCCCGCGCCGGCGUCGCCGUGCCGCUCUCCACUGACCACAAGCCAGAUCGGCCGGACGAGCUGCAAAGGGUGGAAGCCGCGGGAGGCAGGGUGAUCAACUGGAACGGAUCCCGUGUCCUUGGAGUUCUAUCCACCUCUAGAUCCAUAGGGGACUACUACCUGAAGCCGUACGUGAGCGCGGAGCCGGAGGUGACGGCGGUGGAGCGGACGGAGAAGGACGAGUUCCUGGUCCUCGCCAGCGACGGGCUCUGGGACGUGGUGUCCAACGAGAUGGCCUGCCGGGUGGCCAGGAGCUGCCUCAACGGCCACCUCGCCGCCGCGUUCCCGGAGUCCGUGUCCGGGCGCAGUGCCACCGACGCCGCCGCGCUCCUCACCGAGCUCGCCAUCUCCCGCGGCAGCAAGGACAACAUCAGCGUCGUCGUCGUCGAGCUCAGGCGGCUCAGGAGCAGAGCGGGGAGCCGGCGUGCCUCUGCGCCCGCCGGAAGCGAGAUUAAGUUGUAGCUUUAGCUAGUUUUUAGAUGUAGGCGCGCGCGCGCGCGGUAGCUAGUAUGUACAUUAACGGCGACAUUGAUUCGGGCCUCGUGACUGGUGAGGAGCCGGGAAAAGAUCUCCGGGCAUCACCAUUACGGCUUCAACUCCGAGAUGGAUCGAUCGAUGAUGACGACGAUGAGUCGAUGGGUGAGUGUAAACAAGGUUGUCCGAUGUUCUUCUGACAUUGGGCGAGCUAAUAUUUCUUCUUUUUCAGCUAAAUAAGUUUAUACAAGAAUGUAGGAGGGGUGAUUCAAGCUGCCGCAGAGGGUAACAUGGACAUUCAGAGAAGAUGCAGACUGCUACCGUUGUAGCAGAGGAAAUUACAGAUGUCGGCACUGCGCAACAUUCUUAUUUUAUCCUUUUUUUCACACGGUUUUGCUAUGUCUUAGUAAACUGAGAUUUUUUUAAGUCUAAAUUAAUUAAAAAAGUAUUUGAGUUGCACUUUUCUGUUAAAAAAGUGCAAUUGCACUUUUCUGUCAGAAAUGUGCAACUGAACCGAGUUGCACUUU